AUGCAUCUGGCUCUAGAGGUGAAAAAGUGGGAUCGUAUAGAGUCCGCAAGCAUAGAUUUGAUCUCCUCGAAGGAAUACUGCCACUCUGUCGUCCAGUACCACAUAGCACUCUUUAACAUCAUUUUACGAGUGUGCGAUAUCGCGCGGCAGUCAUUUCUCUUCUCUACUUCUUUCUUUUUCCUUCAUGACACUUUAUCCCGUGGCUUACGAAACUUCCCUGAUGAUUUGGAAGAACCAGAGGUGGGCUCAGUCGUGCACUCUUUCCCCAUUAUGAAGACUACCACAUAA